AUGACUCUAGCCAACAUCUGCGUGCGUGCCGUGGGGCUUCUUAGCGUCCUCUCGCUAGCCUUGGCAGUUCGCGGACCGCACGCAUCCUCCGCAACCGCAGCAGUUCCCGCUGACACCACGGAGACAGGCGCCCCGACCGAGAACACAUGCAACGCGGAUAAGUCUGGAGAAAAGAGCCUCCUUGAGCUGUUCCUCGAGCCAGAUGUGGCAAGCAUAUCGUUCAAAUGCGGCGCUGGCUUGACAGAGCUGAAGCCAAGUGGCAGCCAGGUGUAUGUGGAGCAAGAAAGGGACAAGGCGGAAGCCCUGGCGAACGUGUGUAAUGGAGCGAGCCUAGAUGUGAAGGGUCAAGACAGCGACAAAACGUACACGCUGACUGUCAUGGAGAAGCCAGCCAACGAGAAGGUUCUGUUCUACAGAUGUGAAUCGCCGGCACAGUCUGACCAGAAUCUCAAGGGCACGUUGGAGGCGAAGAAGUGCACUGUCAAAAUCACCGUCAGGGCCGAAAAAAAGUCGGACACAUCCGCGGCUCCGUGGCUGGCGCUGCCGCCGCUCGGGGCACUGAUUGCGCUCCCCCUCGCCUGCGCAUGA